GAUUGCCAAGAAGGGAAAUGCCCAGUUGUUGACAGGAGAAGAAAAAUCAUGAAAUGUGAAACUGAAAUAGUCAGCUGUUUGCUUGAGACAGCAGCAGGGAGCCAUGGCAGCUGGAAGCUCCUUCCAGGAGCUUUCUGAAGAGGUCACUUGCUCCAUCUGCCUGGAGUUUUUCAAGGAUCCAGUGACCAUCGCGGAGUGUGGGCACAAUUUUUGCCGAGUCUGCCUGACCCAGUACUGGGGGGAGUUGGCUACAGAAGGUCUCUGCCCUCAGUGCAGAAAAAGAGGGCAGCAAAGGAACCUCAUCCCCAAUCGGCCGCUGGCCAAUGUUGUAGAAAUACUGGCCGCUGAGAAAUGCCAUAGUCAAGAAGAGGGAAAGGGCACAGAAGAUCCAGAGACUAUCUGUGAGAAGCACCAGGAGCCCCUAAGACUCUUCUGUAGAAACGACGUAAUCCCCAUCUGUGAGCUGUGCAACAAAUCCCAAGAACACAGAGAUCAUGAGGUGAUUUCUGUGGAGGAGGCUGAGCAGGAGUACAAGGAUCAGAUCCAUACCUGUUUACAUAAUCUCAGGGAAGUGGAAGAGAAAAUUCUGUCAUCCAAAGCAGAUGCCCUUAAAGAAAGCCAACAUCUGCUUGAACAAGCAGAAGAAGUGAAACAAACAUUGGAGGCUAAGUACCAACGGUUGCACCAACUUCUGGAAGAACAGGAGAAAGUUGUCCUAUUUGGGCUGGAAAAGGUGAAAGAGGAGAUUGAACAGAAAAGGGAAGAACAUCUGGCCAGGAUGUCCAGGGAACUCUCCUCCCUGAAGGCUCUCAUCCAGGAGAUGGAAGAGAGGUGCCAGCAGCCAGCAAGUGGACUCUUGGAGGAUAUGAAAAGCAUCUUGCAAAGGUCUGAAAUGAAGGAGAAAUUUGAAAAGCCUGUGCCUUUUCCUUCCAUUUUGAAGUGGCUAAUCUGGACCUACUGGGAUGAUAAUUCCUUACUGAAGGGCAUCGGAAAGCAAUUGAAAGAUAUCCUAAUAAAUGGAAUCAAGCUUCAUGAAGCAAAUUUGACUUUCGAUCCUGUCACAGCUCAUCCCUGCCUCAUCCUGUCAGAGGAUCACAAAAGCUUGAAGCUGGGAGAGAAUGAUCAAGAUUUGCCCAAGAAUCCAGAGAGAUUUGACCAGUUUCCCAUUGUGCUGGGGACAGAGGGUUUUUCUUCGGGCAGACAUUUCUGGGAUGUCAUUGUGGGACCUGAGGAAGAAUGGGCUGUGGGGGUCGCCAGAAAGUCUGUGAGAAGAAAGGGUCCGGUUGCGUUUGGUGCUGUAGAGGGGAUCUGGGUUAUAGGGAAGUGGCUACAUGGGUACUUGGCUCUCAACUAUCCUGACUUCACCCUGUUGCGUAGGGGAGGAAUUCUCAAGAGGAUCAGAGUAUUCCUGAACUACACUGGUGGCCAGGUAGCCUUCUUUGACUUAAAGAAAGCAGAGCUGCUCUUCGCUUUCUCAGAAGCUGAAUUCCUUGGGGAGCCUGUAUACCCUUUCUUUUGGCUGAACGGAAAAGCUGUCUUACGCUUUCUGUCAGAUAAUCGGAAUUCCCUUCGUAGAUGCCCAACAAUUUAAAAGAACGAUUUUUCAUCAAUAAUGCAUCUGAGGAAGUAUACAAAAGCUCGUGCUACCAAUUUCUUUCUUUAAGUUAGUCUCAAAAAUGCUACAAGAUCUCUCUGAGUACUGAUU